AGACAUCUGAGAGGGCGGGGUGCCGGUGGGUUGGAGUGGUCCCAUGACCUUUCUCAGCUGCCGGAUGUUCAGUGAGCGGAAGGUCCGUGGAGAAGGGUCUGGCGGGAACACUUGGCCAGGAGUUAUUACACUUUGGGCCCUUCAUCAUGGACAGCGUCUGUAAUACUGUCGCUUAUUAAAAGUGUAAGCGGUAUUUGGUGCUUCGUGUUGCUGUCCUUUUGAGCUGCCCAGUCAGCGGGAUUGCAAUUAGGGGACAGGAGAAUGCAGCAGGAGGUGACUGAAUGUUCAGUGGCUGGUCCUUGAACUAAUGGAAGGAAGCAAGCGGUCCGCUGAGGAACAGCGAUAAAAGGAAGAACCUACAACCUCAACUUCUCUUGUGUUAUUUGAUGGAGUUUGUUGGAACAUGUUGGAUAACUAAUCUAAUCAUCAUCUUACUGUGCAAGUCCAAGGGAGCUGAAUCCUGUGCUAAUGGGGAAAUGCGAGUCAGCCCUGCAUCAAUAAUCAGACUUGGAUCCAGCAUUAACAUAUCAUGCAUCUUAAAAGGAUCAUCCUACAAUGAGUGUGCAGCCCAACAGCUUUGUAUCAUUGAAAACAAUACCAAGCGGCUCAUUACAGUACAGACCUCUGCCAAUGCAGUUACUGCACACAUUCCAAAGUUUGAAAACCCCAAGUCCAGUUUUGCAUGUAAACUGCAUUGCAACACUGAAUAUUUGAUCUGUGGAAUUGAUGUUAAAGCUGGCAAUCCUCCAGAUCAGCCCCAAGACCUGAAUUGCAUUCAGAAGGGCAGGAUUGGUGACGUAAUAUGUACCUGGGAAUCAGGACAUGCCACACAUAUCAGCACAAAAACUGAAUUGUGGUUCAGAAAUGAGUCACACAGUUUUGUUGCCUCAGCUGCCUCUGCAGAACCAUCAACUGGAAAAUGCACAAGACACAGAAAGACACCAGACCACCAAGGCCGGGGCUUUGCUUGUGAAUUUGGCCACAGUUUUGAUCCAUUCUCUACUUACACGGCUUGGGUAACUGCCUCAAACCAGCUGGGAAAUCGAUCGUCAGCAGUCAUGAACUUCACCCUGGAUGAUAUUAUGAAACCCAAUCCUCCCAAUAUCAGUAAGAUAGAAUUUAGCAACAGCACGCUCUUCAUUUGUACUAUCUACUGGGAAGAUGGACAGAAUGCAGAGUUGUUUGAAAUUCGGUAUAGGAUUGCAAGCAGCAGUGGCAGAUGGGAGGAGAAACUCGUAGCCAAUUCAACAAAUUGCACGGUGUCUGAUUUGGAGCAUUUUGUGGAAUAUGUGUUCCUGAUUCGUUCUAAGUUUCAUCACACCCGAGGCCUGUGGAGUAAUUGGAGCUCUUCGUUUGUAACCAGGACACCAGAGGCAGCACCCAUUGGACAACUGGAUGCCUGGUACACCAUAGACUCAUCAGAUCCAAACAACCCAAGAGUCACUCUCCUGUGGAAGCCUCUCAAGGUAUUUGAAAUCAGAGGAAGAGUCCUGGGUUAUAAUGUAACCAUUCAGGAAUGUACAAGGAAUAACCCCACCGUUUGGACACAGCAGACUAAGAACACUUGGUACACAGUGGGCAUUCCCAGGACAGGCUGUGUCAUCACUGUGUCUGCCUACAACUCCAAGGGCAGCUCUCCACCAACUGAAUUCCGCCUAUCAUCUCUCAGAGACCUUCCUCCAGCAAGAAACAUCUCCACUAUAUAUACUGAGAAUAACUUGCUCUUAAUUGAGUGGUUGGAACCAGUAAAACCACCAGUGGCAGUCCAAGGAUAUGUGGUUGCGUGGACAGAAGUAAAUGGCAAGCUCAAUCAAAAUAUAAAUUGGAUUAAACUCCCCCCUCAGAACCGUUCAGCAAGAUUAACAGAAAAUAUAAAACCCAAGACGUGCUUUCAGAUCUCCAUCUAUGCAGUUUACAAAAAUGGAGCAGGGGUACCACUUUCAACUCAGAAGUACACCGCCCAAGAAGCAGUUCCACUGUCAGGACCUUCUGUCUUCACCAAACACAACACUGCAGAAAUCUUCUGGAAGAAUAUUCCACAAGACCAGAAAGAGGGCUGCAUUGAAAGCUAUACCAUCUAUAUACGGGAGGAGGAUUCAAAGUUGCCUCCUGCAAUUUAUAAGAGCAUUGAUCCAUCCAGCAGGAAUUACACAAUUCCAGACCUGAAACCGGGAACAGUGUAUAUUGUAUGGAUGACAGCCGUAACUAAAGCUGGAGAAGGGAAGAAUGGAGAACCUCACAGACUUGACUUAAGUCACAAAAGUACAGUCCCGCACUCUGACAGCAAGUCCAUCAUCGUGGUCGUCGUUGCAGUAACAUUUGCUGUUGCAGUCAUUGUUUCUGGGUUUUGUUUAUGGCAGUCGGUGAGAAGCAGGAUUUUGUCCAUUUUAUCAAAACUCGCAUCUCAACUGUAUGUUAAAAACAUUCCUGAUCCAGCUAAUUGUACAUGGGCAAAGGAAUACACUGCAAUCAAGGGCAACUUGGACUUAAGCUGUCCUUACUUCCAAGCUGACACAACUUCAACUUAUGAAGAUCCAGAGACUCUACAAGUAGAGGAAAUGUCAUCUGACCAGGAACUCUGCAGCAGCAUGGAGGCUGCUGCUGAAGAUCAGAUUAACCAGCUAUCCACAUUUCAGAUUCAGCCCAUGGCUAGUCAGCCACACAGUGAGGAUUUGAGCCAAGGUCUUUCACCAGGGAACAGUCAAGAUGAUAUUCUGGAUUACAAAUGCCAACUCCCCUGUUCAUAUGUUGAAAAGCUGUCCUCUGGGGAAAUUAAUCACCAGCUAACAGAUUCAGCAAACUCUGCAGGAGACCAAAGUAUUGGCUACAUCCCUUCCAACUUUAUACAUAUUACAGACAACACUACAGAGACCAGUCAAGAUUUUGUUGACAGCUUUUCAUUUAUGCCUCUUCCAUCCCUGUCCAGAAUGGAAAUCACUUAUGAAGGGAAAUUAACAUUAGAUGUGGUGAGAAUUGACUGUAGUUCAAUUGUAGAAUAAUCGUUAUUUUUCUUAAUCCACACAACUAGUAUUUUGAGAGCACUCCUACCUAUUAAGAGGUAAAGUAUUACAUUCUCACCAAUUGGGCACUUGCUCUUUUUUCACAAAUGACUGAGCAUCCAGCUAAUCAGAUUGCAUGUGCCUUCCACUGGACUGAUUACUGACAACCAUAACUGAUUCCAAGUGAAUAGCAAAUGUCCCACAUCUCAGUUUUAUAGAUUAUGUGAAAGUGGGACAUCUUGGGUGAAUAGUGUAACUACUAGACAGAGACAAUCUGGUAACAUUAUGGAUUAUUUUUCCCUCCUGUGAUGUGAAGUUUGCUCUAGUGCUAUAAGAUGGAUUCUGUCAAUAAUUCUAAUUAAUGGCGGCAGCAGCAGAACCUAAACUUAGAUGUCACUUCUAACAUUGUCUUGUCCAAUCUUCCACAAUUCCAACCUCCAUUAAUGAGUAAUCAUUUAAAACAGUGCAGUUCACUCUAAUUUUAAUUGGGAAUGUUAGCAUACACAGUGAGACAAAGGGGAUAGUGAACAUUACAUUACAAUGCUUCAUUUUCAACUAUUUCUCAAAACAUUUUUAAAUUUAAAAAUAAAAUGUCAAGUAUCAGAGACAAUUAAACAAAAUCCAUGACACCUUUGACAGAACUUUUCUGUCCAGCUUAGCAGGACAAAGGUGGGAGUACCAGCGGUAUCAGCUCUCUGCAUCUGGCCUAAUUAAGUGAUUCUGGGUGAUGGGCCAGGUUCAGCCCUUUGAAGGGGCAUGUUAUAUAAUCACCAAGUGCACUGGUGAUACUAUGCUAUCCAGACUGGGAAGGUGCUAUAUUUGAUACCCAGGUGAUAGUAACAAGUUUCCAAUUAUUCCAAUUAAAGGACCAUGACCUUGCCAACAAUGUGCUUAACACUUAAGUUCAGAUUGUUCUGAUACUCUCAAUAUCAAAUAGCAAUGUUAUGGCUAAAUCCAUUCAGGUGAAUUCCUAAAAGGUGUGUAGUAUUGUCAAUUGUCUAGAAAAGUGGGGGGUGGGGGAAAACAAAAUUAUACAUGUUUGAGGCAAUAUGUAUAAAUGUUUAUGACCAGUUUAUAGUAUUCUUAAGCCAGCAUUUCCCCCUAUUUUGAAAUAAAUCAUGACUGAUUUAAAGCUGCUGGUUUCUAUUACUGAAAACAUUACCACCCCAGAAAUCAAUUGUGUAAAGUGAGGUUUCAGGCUUACAAGGAACAUCUAACUAUUAACCAUGUAUACUAUAACCAUAAUUGAUGGAGCUCAUCUUUGUCCAGGUCUAAGAUACAAUUAAUGAUGAGCAAUUAGACCUUUAGAUGGAAUACAAUAAAAAAAAUGCUAAAUAAGUGGUUGCCUGCUUUUUUUUUAAGCAUUCUAAAGUGAGUGGAACCUCAACAGCAAGAUCCAACACACUGGCACCAAAAAAAUCUUUAAGUCACUGUUUAAAACUUGUGCAUGAAGGAGGGCCAUUGCUGCUGGUAGUCUUUUAGUUGCAUCCUCAAUAUAAGUGCCUUUAAAUCUAUCUGAAGUCUGGAUUCCAAUGCUUUUUUUAAAAACUGUAUUAAACAAUUUGAUCUGAACUUUCUGAAUGCACCAAAACAAUUCAUUACAAAUGCACUUAUCAUGUACAACACAGCUAUUAGGAUUUAAUUAUAUCAUUCAUUUAAAGAGAAUUUUUUCCAUUAUGUUGGAUACAUUAUACUAUCAGCUGUCACUUCCUACCACACAACCCAACAGUGUUAUCUAAUAAGGUAGUCACCAUUGAAACUGGUAAGCAAUCACUUGCAUAAGAAAUGCAAGGAUGGCUUGGUAUUACAGCUAGAAUGCCCUUGAGGGGUAAAACUUCAACUGGUUUUCAAAUAGCUACAAAUGCUGUGAUUUGUAGAUUGCAAGUACUGCUGAAGCCAUUACAAAAAUAAUUCUGCCUUAGUUAUAAAUUACUAGAUUAUGCAUAUGGAACUGCAUAUUAUGUUUACUGAUUGUUUCAGGUUACAUCAGAUAUGUUCUGUUGUAUCAGUUCAAACACAUUGCUAGAACACUUUUGAGUUGACAUUGCUGAUCAUUAAAAAAUUUUUUAAUAUAAACUAACAUUCAACAAUCUUUUGGCAAGUUAAAAGUACAAAAGGCAAACCAUGGUAGAUACUGCUGUUUGCAAUGCACUUCAACUUUUCCCAUCAAUUACAUCGUUCAUUUUUCCCCAUUAUGCAUUGAACACGAUGCAAUAUGAAAACCACAGAAGUUUACAUCUCAGCAGUACAGCAAUUCCAUCCCACUCCAAAAAUUAUUCAAUUAAAUUUGAAAUUGUAAUGUGUAUUUGCCUCCAACACCUUUCAAGCAACAAAUUCAAGACACCAACACUCUUUGGGCAAAACUUCCAAUUGUCUAAUCUUGAUACUUUAAUAGACUCUACAAGGGAAAGCCACCUGAGCAUUUCAGAGGGCAAUUAAGUCAAUUACAUUGCUGGGCCUGGAAUAAAAAUGCUGCAAUACUUUGGUCAGGCAGAAUCUGUGAAAAGCCAUACAGACUUAAUGUUUCAGAUCAAUGACCUUCCAUCAUAUCCAGGAAAAGUGGUGGCAUGGCAAAGCAGCUCAGAAACCCAGAUGAUCCUCUGUAAUUCAAAUAUUUGUUCAAUGACCUGAAGGUUUAUGCCAGGUUCUACUUCCUCCCACAUCUCAAAGAUGUGUUGGUAGAAGUAAUUUAUAACAGACAAAUUAACCUAAACAGAAAAAGAAACCAGAAGGGAUUUUAUGGACAUGUGAGAUAAGUUGCUGGGCUCUAGGUAAAUGAAGGGGAAAAAGGGUGAUGGGAUAUACUAUAGACUCAAAUGGGCCAAAUGGUUUCCUAUGUCAUAAGUCAAUGAAACAAAAGGUUGAAAGAACAAAAAAAAGGAAUUUCCACAAUAGGAGACCAGAAGAGAUUGAGUGACCCAAAUGGUGGUUACAGAUGGUAAAGGCUAGUCUGUUUUCAAAAAAAAAGUACAUAGAUGGAGAACACAAAAUGCCAGAAGUAUGAGAUGCAAGAGUGGAAUGGUUGAUUAUCAGAUUGUUGAAUUCAUUGUCAGGUCCUCAAGGCAGAAGAUGAUGUGAUGUUCCUCUAUUUUACUUCAUUGGAGCACUGCAGGAGCCAAAGACAGAUGGCAGAGUGGAUGUGUGAAUUGAAGUAGCAGGGAUCUAGAAGCUCAGUUGCUUUUGUUCAGUCUGGAAUCAUACUGGUCAGACCUGCCAACAACAAACAGCCUUCUCUAAAAGGUCAUUAGUAAAGCACACUGUUUUGAAUGUUAAUCUAGUAAUUUCAGUCACUUUACAGUUAAUAGUUUUUAGUACAAAUUUUUGUCCACUCUUCUCCCAUAUUCUGUGUUUCUUUUUGUCUCCCAGAUGAUCAGCCAAAACUUCCAAAUUACUAAACCAGUCACAUGCUCUCAAAACCAUAUGCAUAAAAUUCUGAAAAUUAAACCCAAACCAUCACAUGACUGAAGUUCAAACUGAUGUUACUGUUUUUCUUAAAAACACGAUCUGCUCAUUAUUUUGUCCCUCUACCGACAUCAUCCAAAAAUUAGGCUACAAUUCCUCCAAUUAAAACACCAAUUCUGCAAGUGCAUAUUGACUAAAAACUUAAUUUCAAUAAAUCUUAACAUUUCACAUAUGACUGCAUAACUUUUUAUAGCAACCUAAUACUAUUCCCAAUGCCCUGCACCUAUGUUUAUUAAAUUUUCCCUGUAUAUCCUCUUAGCUUUCCAUCUCUUCCAUGUGUUUGUUUGCUACCCACUUAAUGAGGAAACUUAAUCUGGAACCAAAAGGACAAUUGGUGCCUUAAAAAAGUACUGUCCAAGAAAAAGUCAAACUUUAUUUCACUGGAAAUGUCAAUGAUACAGUUCAAUGAAAUUACAAACGCACUCCAUUUGUAUCUCUUUUGCUCUCAUUAUUUGCCACAACUUUUCAUCAACUUUAAUGAUUGUAAGUGACCAACAAUGCAAAGUAUUUCCACACUAAGGAAGCAAUACACAACUGUCAUUGCACACAAUGGAACUAAAAGAUUCAGAAAAGUAAUUUCAAAACUGAAGAUUAACUUGUGACCUGUUAACAGAGUUUGAUUUAUUUUAUUGCUGACUGAAGUGUCAGAGAUGUCACUCCAAUGAAAAUAAAUAUCAUAGACUCCACAUUCCUUUGCACUGCUCUCGAAAUUCAGCUUUUGUGCCACAAGGCAGAGUAACCCCAAGUCAGUUUUAAUUGGUACAGAAUGCACUUGGUGGUCAAGUUUGAUAACAAAAUGUUUUUUUUAAAAAAAGGCAUUUUUGGAUGCCUGUAUUUUAUUCCCUUUUUCUUCACCUACCUCACCUUGUUGCAUUCUUCCAGGACCGAAACCUCCUGCAAUUGAGAUACAAGUCCAAAUCUUGCCUCUAAUUUUCUCUCCUUCCUGUUAGAAGUCUACAUUCUUCACCAAAAUUUCAGUUUAACUAUAUGCUAUCACCAGGAACUGGUGUAUUUUGAAUAAUUUACUAAGAUUGUAUUUAUAACUAUUUAGGACAUAGUAAUCUAGCAAUUAUUAUACUUGAUUUGUAAAUGCUGGUUUAAAUCCUACUAUUAGUCAUGAAAAUUAAUUUGGCAAUUUGUAGGCCAGCAACAGAAAGUGUCACACAAGCUGGUUUGUUGCAAAAGCCCAAUUUGCUCAAUAUUGUCCUUCAGGGACUAAUCAGGUACAAUGGGUUGCAUUUGUGCCAAGAUUCUAUGAUGCCAAACGAAAUAGUCAUGCCCACCUGGUCUUACCUAUACAAAGCCCCAAUUCCCCUUUUCAUGUUGAUUAUUUAUAUCCUAAAGACCAACAAGGGCAUGUAAAAUAUACUGGAUUGCCAGUACAAGUACUCCCAAAAAAUAUUAAAAUUUACCUAGGCAAAUCUAAAUUUGUUUCUAGGAAUUUCCAACAUUAGCAUCAUUCUCACUUGUGGAAUGAGGAAGGAACACUAAUAUUGAUAUCCAUUUGUUAGAUCACUCUGCAAUGUAGGGAGCAAUAAAAUUUUGUAAUAAAACAAAUUGCUUAUUUUAUGCUUAACUUGCAUAAAUAUGAAAAAAAGCAAGACCAGUUAUAAUACAUUACCAAUUGUUAGAUCAAGUAACUAAAUAGAUAGAUCAAACCCUAGAGUGUAAAUAAUAUCAUUUAAGAAAAUCAGCUUUCCUUAGCAAGGAUUGCUUUCCAGUAAGCACUGAUAUAACAUGUCAAGUCUUUUCAUUGUGUAGCGAUGGAGAAUAUACACAUCUUAAGUACAAUUACCAUGCUUUUCUUCACUGUGUAAACAAAACAGCUUUAAAAUAUCAACCAGGAAUAAAAAAAGGAGUGUUCAUAACAAAUACAUUGCAUGCACUGACAUAAUUCAACACAUCUAAAACAGAUUUCUGUACAGGUGCUUUGCAACCACUUCCAAAUUAAAGUUGGAGAGAGAAAUAUUGACAUGGCAAAAGCCAGUAGAUGGGGGCUUAAUAUGGGGAAGUGCAAGGUCAUCCACUUUGGACCCAAGAUACAUAACAUUCUCUAAAUGUGAAAGGAAUGGAGCAGUUAUUGAGCUCCACAUAUUCAGAAUUCACCAAUUUUUAGUGGGUAUAUACAAAUAUUUAAAAGG